GGGUGGUUAAACGAAUUAUUCCAGCAGUAGCUUCUACAAAUGCAGUAAUUGCAGCUGUUUGUGCCACCGAAGUUUUUAAAAUAGCCACAAGUGCAUACAUUCCUCUUAACAACUACUUGGUGUUCAACGAUGCGGAUGGAUUAUACACAUACACAUUUGAAGCUGAAAGAAAGGAGAACUGUCCAGCCUGCAGCCAGCUUCCCCAAAACAUAGAGAUUUCCCCAUCAGCUAAAUUGCAGGAGAUCUUGGAUUACUUGACAAACAAUGCUUCGUUGCAAAUGAAAUCUCCUGCAAUCACAGCAACUAUGUAUGGAGGAAAUAAAACGCUUUAUUUACAGACAGUCGCUUCAAUUGAAGAACGAACAAGGCCAAAUCUUUCCAAGACACUAAAAGAACUGGGACUUGUGGAUGGCCAGGAACUUGCAGUUGCUGAUGUUACUACACCACAGACUAUGCUGUUCAAGCUUCACUUUACCACUUAAUUUAUUCCUGAGUAAACUGCAUACACGGCGAGAGAAAUCUGUACCCACCUUGUAAAACAAAUGUACUCUGGGUGUUAAAGCAACCUGAAAUGUUCAUGUUAGUUACUAGCGUUGUUGAAAGUUAGGUAAUACAAAUGAAUCACCAUAUUUUGGAAGUGUAUGUAGAAGCCAAUAUUUGGUGGAUUAUAUUUGUAUAAAUGCUUAUUAAUGUACAGAACUCUGAUGUACAGGAAUACCUUUUUUGUUGUCAAAAUGUUAAUGCUAAUAUACUUUCAGGCACAUGGAAAUUUUAAGGU